AGAGCUUUGGAUCGGAUAUCCCAAAGCCCCCUGGACGCCUCCAGCGACCGAGGCAAGAUGGCAAAGGACGAGCUGGUGCCUUAUGUGAACACCUGGCUGUGGCCCUCCUUCACGCUGGUGGGCGCCUCCUCCCUCUUCUUUGGUGUCUACAUUGGCAAGAUCACGAACUCGCACGAGUGGAAGGAGAUCUUCUUGGAUUAUUGCCACCACAAGAGGACCUCCCACUCGCCAAACCCCCUGGACAAGGCCGCCCGCUCGGUGAUGAGGCUGCUGCGCAUCGCCCCGAAGUGAACUCCUUGAGCAGCGCCCAGACGCGGCUGGUGGCGGGCGCGCCGUGGUUCUGGGAGAAUGCGUGGCCCCUAAGGCCAGAAAGCCAAGUUUGCCGCGCCGGCCGGCCGCCAUGCCGCUCUACCGCUACGUGCCCGUGAGAAGUUCUGCGCGCGAGAGG